AUGGCCUACUUUUUAUUCCUCCAAUUCAUCCUAUUAAGUGCUAUUUCAUCCUUAGCUUACAUCUUAGGACAGGCAGUUCCACCACCACCACCGACAGCCGCCACAACUCCUCCGUCCCGCGCAGCCCAAGAAUUCUUGGAUGAACAUAACAAGGCAAGAGCUGAAGUGGGUGUUGGCCCUCUAACAUGGAGUUCAAUGUUAGCUAAAGAAACUAGCCUUCUUGUUCGUUACCAAAGGGACAAACAAAACUGCAGUUUUGCAAAUUUAAGCAGUGGCAAAUAUGGUGGCAAUCAAUUAUGGGCUAGUGGUAUGGUCGUGACACCACGUAUGGUUGUUGAUUCUUGGGUUGAUGAGAAGAAAUUUUACAACUAUGCUAAUAAUUCAUGUAUAGGGGAUGAUAAGUGUGGCGUUUAUACGCAAAUUGUUUGGAAGAAAUCCAUACAAUUGGGUUGUGCUCAAGCUACUUGUUCUAAAGGACCUGCCACUCUUACAAUAUGUUUCUAUAAUCCACCUGGAAAUGUAAUAGGAGAGAAACCUUAUUGAUCUGCAAUUUACAUGAUCUGAUCUGUAAUGUAACUUUUGUGUAUUCUAAGACACUAGCUUUCAUUUACAAUAAGAAAGUCAUUCUGUUCA